AUGUGCCCCCAAUGCACGGCUCUCCUUCGCCCAAUUAGGGAUAUAUCCAUCCUGCGCGAAAAGUCCCUUGAACUUCCCCUCGCGACAAAACCCCUAAUAUUCUCCACGAACCCAGCCAUUAAAUUCUCGUUCCAUGUUCUGCGCAAUGGAAAGCAAUUUAUUGCCACGAUUUACACUGCCAUCCUGAGCAGUAUCGGGGGCGGAAUCCGGCACCCAUUUCAGAUUCACGUCAAGGCGGACGUUGACCCCACUAGUAAGGACGGCAAGAUGAUUACCCCUAUCAAGGUCCUGGCUGAUCUACCCAUUACUGUUGAUCUUGGGCCACAGGCCAUUCAGGAGCUCUUUGCGACACUUCCAGAGUUUGACGUGGAGGCGGGUAUGCCGGAGCCCGAGGGCACAGUGAGAUUGGUGCAGACGUAUGCUUCUUCACAUGCUUCUUCGCAUGCGGUUCUUGACAGACUUAUCUGGAUGAAGGAGAAUGUUGUCGAAGGGAAUCGGAAGUUGUGGCCUCAGCAGUGUAUAACUCUACCUGCAUGCCUCUAA